AUGGGAGUGAAAAACUGCAAACUUUGUAUGUUGCGUGGACCAUUGGAACUUGACCAGCCUAACACGUCUUGGAAGAAAUUGCGAGAUCUACUUCUUCGACUAGAAUGUGGGAUGAGACGCACUUUUUUUACCGCAGUGGUGGAACAGUCUUGGCCACACCAGGCUUACUCGAACCACGGUAGAAGACAGAGACCGCAUGAUGAGAGAGGCUCAGAGAGGAAGAAAGAGGAAAGGGAGGCAAUAGAUGUAGAAGAUGAAGAUAACUAUAAUCAUUGUGAAGCAUACAAAACUACCUCAUGGUGUCAGCAGAGAAAUGACUAG